CGCAACCAAACUUAACCUAAAAACUUAGAACAAAAAUCACUUAAUCACCUUAAGAGUAAAAAUGAGUGAUUUAAUCGUCGAUUCUAACAUAAGAGGAUGGGUUUUUCUCCCAAUCGUCGUUAUAACAUUCCUUGUGGGUAUUUUGCGCCACUACAUCUCGAUACUUUUAUCGUCUCAAAAAAAGGUUGAAAUGCAACAACUUCAAGAUAGCCAAAUCUUACUUCGUUCGCGUAUUUUACGCGAAAACGCCCGUUUCAUCCCUCGAUCGGCUUUCAAUAUGCGGCGGCAAGUCUUCAACAAUCAAGAUAGCGGUUAUUUGACUCAAAAACGAGAAAGCCAAGCCCCUAAUAUGAUGACGGAUCCGAGUAUGAUGACCGAUAUGCUUAAAGGAAACAUAACGAACGUUUUACCCAUGAUUAUAAUUGGAGGAUGGAUUAAUUGGAUGUUUUCGGGAUUUAUCACCACCAAAGUACCGUUUCCUUUAACGUUAAGAUUUAAGCCUAUGCUUCAAAGAGGUAUUGAGUUGAAUCAUUUGGAUGCUUCAUGGGUUUCAUCGGCGUCUUGGUACUUUUUGAAUGUAUUUGGGUUGAGGAGUAUUUAUGCUUUGGUGUUGGGUGAAAAUAACGCUGCUGAUCAGAGUAAGCAAAUGCAAGAUCAAAUGUCUGGAGCUGCUAUGGCGAUGCCUCCCGAUCCCAAGGUGGCUUUUAAAGCCGAAUGGGAAGCUUUAGAGAUUGUCGAUCAUCAAUGGGCAUUAACGGAUGUUGAAAAUAAUUUAAUACAGAAGUAAUUAUCAUUGGAUGUAAGUGUAAUUUUAAUUUUUUAAAUUAUAUUUAAGUUAAAAAAUUUAUUAGUAAAUGAUUUAGAUUGA